AUGUCAAGUAGCACUUUCCCCAGAAUGCACUACAGCUCUCAUUACGACUCAAGAGACGACUGCGCCAUGUCUCACGGUAACCCUAAGAUUAACCGUAUUCCUGCAAAUCUUUUGGACCAAUUUGAGAAACAACUUCCUCUUCACCGGGAUGGCUUUCAUACUUUACAGUACCAGCGGACCUCAACAGCUGCGGAACAACGCAGUGAGAGCCCGGGAAGAAUACGCCAUCUCGUUCAUUCUGUCCAGAAACUUUUUACUAAAUCUCAUUCUCUGGAAGGAUCAUCCAAGGGCAAUGUUAAUGGAACAAAGGGAGACAGUCGAGGGGACGAUCAUCAUCAUGGGCACCAUUCCAAGCAUAGCAAAAGGAGUAAAAGUAAGGAGCGAAAACCAGAAAGCAAGCAUAAAUCUGGAAUGAGUAGCUGGUGGAGCUCUGAUGAUAAUUUGGACAGUGAUAGCACUUACCGAACCCCUAGUGUGGUAAAUAGGCACCAUGCAGAUCAUAUAUCCCACUGCUAUCCUGAGGCACUCCAGGGGCAUUUUGGGGAUCUCUCACUGAAGACUUCCAAAAGUAACAAUGAUGUGAAGUGUUCGGCUUGUGAAGGGCUACCAAUGACCCCUGAUAGUAAAUAUAUGAAAAGGAGUUCUUGGUCCACGCUUACAGUAAGUCAGGCUAAAGAAGCUUAUCGCAAAUCAUCACUGAACUUAGAUAAGCCUCUGGUUCAUCAGGAAAUCAAACCUUCCUUGAGGCCGUGCCAUUACCUUCAGGUACCUCAGGAUGAAUGGGGAGGAUACCCAGCUGGUGGGAAAGAUGAAGAGAUCCCGUGCAGAAGAAUGAGAAGUGGGAGCUAUAUUAAGGCCAUGGGAGAUGAAGAAAGUGGAGAUUCUGAUACUAGCCCCAAGACAUCGCCAAAAUUAACAGUUCGACCAGAGUCAUUAUUAAAAUCCAUUGGUAGCUCUCUAACAGACCUCCCAAAUAUAAGGAUCUCUAAGUCCCAUCUGCUCUUGCAGCUGGUGGUUCAGAGCUACCUUCAAACUGCAAGUGACGUGCCUGGGGGUCACAACCUGGAUCCCUCUGCAAACUACAAUUCCCCAAAGUUUCGCUCAAGGAAUCAGAGCUAUAUGAGAGCAGUGAGCACGCUCAGUCAGAUGAGUGAAGCAGAGGUUAAUGGACAGUUUGAAUCGGUGUGUGAAUCAGUGUUUAGUGAAGUUGAAGCUCAGGCAAUGGAUGCCCUUGACCUCCCUGGAUGUUUCCGAACAAGAAGCCACAGUUACUUGCGUGCCAUUCAGGCAGGCUAUUCCCAAGAUGAUGAAUGUAUACCUGCACUGACAUCUUCCAACAUCACCUCAACCAUCAGGUCAACCACAGGUAAGCAGGUCUCCACUGACCUUCCACUGCUCUGCAUCACUACUUACAAAAAAACACCGCCACCAGUACCCCCUCGUACCACUUCCAAGCCACUGAUCUCCGUCACGGCACAGAGCAGCACGGAAUCCACCCAGGAUGCAUAUCACGACAGCCGGACUCAGAGGAUAUCCCCAUGGCCGCAGGAUGGGCGAGGGAUGUACAACUCCACCGACAGCUUGGACAGCAACAAGGCCAUGAACCUCGCCCUGGAGACAGCGGCUGCCCAGCGCCACGCGGCCGAGAGCCAGAGCACCUCCAUACGGACCAGCGACAAGGCCAUCCUGGCGACAAAAGCAGAGGAGUUUCUGAAGAGUCGGCGUUCCUCUAUAGGGAUCCAGGUGGAAACAGCAACUGAUUCAGAUACUGAAAGCAGAGGCCUACGGGAAUACCACUCUGUUGGAAUACAAGUGGAAGAUGAAAAACGACAUGGACGAUUCAAGCGUUCAAACAGUGUAACAGCAGCUGUCCAAGCUGACCUGGAACUGGAGGGUUUUCCAGGACACAUCACCAUGGAGGAUAAGGGACUUCAAUUUGGCUCGUCAUUCCAGCAGCACUCAGAGCCCAGCACACCCACCCAGUAUAGUGCAGUGAGAACUGUACGGACACAGGGACUGUUCAGUUACAGAGAAGAUUAUAGGACCCCAGUUGACACCUCAAACCUUCCACCACCAGAACCCUGGCUAGAGCCAGCCAUUGAGACAGUAGAGACUGGUCGGAUGUCUCCUUGUCGACGGGACGGAUCUUGGUUUAUGAAGUUACUACACACUGAAACUAAGAGAAUGGAAGGAUGGUGCAAAGAAAUGGAAAGAGAAGCAGAAGAAAAUGAUCUUUCUGAAGAAAUCCUAGGUAAGAUCCGAAGUGCUGUUGGAAGUGCUCAGCUCCUCAUGUCUCAGAAAUUCCAGCAAUUUUAUUGGCUUUGUCAGCAAAAUCUGGACCCGAGUGCCAUGCCAAGACCAACUUCCCAGGACCUUGCAGGUUUCUGGGACUUACUGCAGCUCUCAAUUGAAGACGUCAGCAUGAAGUUUGAUGAACUGCACCAGUUGAAACUCAAUGAAUGGAAAAUAAUAGAAUCACCUGAAAGGAAGGAAGAAAGAAAGAUUCCUCCUCCUGUACCAAAGAAGCCCCCAAAAGGAAAAUUCCCUAUCACAAGAGAAAAAUCUCUGGACCUACCUGACAGGCAACGGCAAGAAGCUAGAAGACGGCUGAUGGCUGCCAAGCGAGCAGCCUCUUUCCGGCAGAAUUCAGCCACAGAGCGUGCAGACAGCAUUGAGAUCUACAUCCCAGAGGCUCAAACCCGGCUUUAA